CCCUGCCUCGAUGCCCACUACUACGACCUCGGCGACCUCAAUCGCCCUGUUUCCACCAGCAACGCCCUCGCCCAGACGUGGUUCAGCCGCGGCCUCGUCUGGUGCUACGGCUUCAACCACGAGGAGGCGGCCAAAUGCUUCGAACGGGCCGUCGCCCACGAUCCCGCCUGCGCCAUGGCCUACUGGGGCCUCGCCUACGCCAUGGCCUACUGGGGCCUCGCCUACGCCCUGGGGCCCAACUACAACAAGCCCUGGGACCUGUUUGGCCGGCGCGAGAGGCAGAGCACCGCGGACCGGACGCAUCGGGCCGUCGAAAAGGCAAAGGCGUGCUCCGAGGCCGCGACGCCCGUCGAGAGGGCGCUGAUCGAGGCCCUCCGCUACCGAUACCCGAGGGCGGACGCCCCGACAAAGGCUGAUCGCCCCGUGUGGAAUCGAGAAUACGCGGAUGCCAUGAGCUCCGUGUCGGCGCAGUUCCCAGACGACCUCGACGUGGCGGCCCUGUACGCCGACGCCAUGAUGAACCUCACCCCCUGGGCUCUGUGGGACAUCAAGACCGGCAGCCCAGCCGCCGACGCCCGCACCCUCGAGAUCAAGCAAGUCCUCGAGCACGCCAUGGCCCUCCCAGGCGGCACCCGCCAUCCGGGCCUCCUCCACCUCUACAUCCACCUCAUGGAGAUGUCCAACCAGCCCGAGGCGGCCAUGCCCGCCGCCGACCACCUGCGCGGGCUGGUCCCGGACGCGGGCCACCUGAACCACAUGCCGAGCCACAUCGACAUCCUCGUCGGGGACUACGCCCGCGCCGUCGUGGCCAACUCGGACGCCGUGCGCGCCGACGAAAAGUUCCUCCGCCGCGAGGGGCCCAUGAACUUUUACACCCUGUACCGCAGCCACGACUACCACUUCCGCCUCUACUCGGCCAUGUUCGCCGGCCAGUCGCGCGUCGCCCUCGAGACGGUCGAGCGCCUCGAGGCGAGCUUCUCCGAGGACCUCCUCCGCGUCGAGACGCCGCCCAUGGCGGACUGGCUCGAGGCCUUCCUCGCCAUGCGCGUGCACGUGCUCAUCCGCUUCGGCCGCUGGAAGGACAUCUUGGCCCUCAAGCUCCCCGAGGACCAGGACCUGUACUGCGUCACCACGGCGCUGACAUACUACGCAAGGGGCAUGGCCCUCGCGGCCCUCGGCCAGGUCGACGACGCCCGCGCCCAGCGCGCCCUCUUCCUCGCCUCCGUGCCCCGCGUCAAGCCCACCAGGACCCUCUUCAACAACAAGUGCAUCGACAUCCUCUGCGUCGCGGAAUCCAUGCUCGACGGCGAGAUCGAGUACCGCUCCGGCAACUACGCCUCCGCCUUUGCCCACCUCCGCGAGUCCAUCGCCCGCUACGACAACCUCCCCUUUGACGAGCCCUGGGGCUGGAUGCAGCCCGCGCGGCACGCCUACGGCGCGCUGCUGCUCGAGCAGGGGCGCGUCGAGGAUGCGCUGGCCGUGUACAGCGCCGAUCUGGGCAUCGAUGAGUCCCUGCCCAGGGUGCAUCGGCAUCCGAAUAACGUGUGGGCGCUGCAUGGCUAUCACGAGUGCUUGGUGAAGCUGGGGAGGCUGGAGGAGGCGAGGGCGGUCCAGGGGCCGUUGAAGAGGGCUUUGGAGGUGGCGGAUGUGCCCAUCUCGUCGUCGUGCUUUUGUAGAUUGACGGCCAAGAUGUGAGAUGCAUGAC